AUGAAGCUGGUACACCUUGUCCUUGGUGCUGCGGCUCUCCUUCUUCUGGGUGGCUCUGACUCUGUCCUCAGCAGCUCCGGCGGGAACCUACACACUUUCGUGGGAUGUGCUGUGAGGGAAUUCACUUUCGUGGCCAAGAAGCCAGGCUGCAGGGGACUUCGGAUCACCACAGAUGCCUGCUGGGGUCGCUGUGAGACCUGGGAGAAACCCAUUCUGGAGCCUCCCUACAUAGAAGCCUAUCAUCGAGUGUGUACCUACAAUGAGACCAGACAGGUGACGGUGAAGCUGCCUAACUGUGCCCCUGGAGUCGACCCCUUCUACACCUACCCGAUGGCUGUCCGAUGUGACUGCGGGGCGUGUUCCACUGCCACCACUGAGUGUGAGACCAUCUGA